AUGGACCGAAUCACAAAUCCGGCACCAACGCAGCGAUUGACAUCGCCACCGAGCUCGCCCACGUCAUGGUUGAAGACCAACACGGGCCCCAUGUUCCCCAAAGACCGCGAGUCCGCCAUCCGUGGUGAAAGGCCCCGCUAUGACUGGGUCUACGACCAAGCCGUGAACGCCACACACGACAAGCUCAACGGUGUCAUGCGCACACAGCUCGACGUCUGGCACUGCCCGAAGACCAACGGCACCCAGCACAUCCUCCACGCCUCCAGCCACAUCGUGGACACUCCGACAAGGCAGAGGAUUGCGCGCUGGUACAACAAGUCCUAUCUGGAGUCGCGCGGCUGGCGCUUGGUGCCGAAGGUUGAGGGUGCAGGGUGGGUUGGGACCCCCGAAACAAUCGAUUCUCUCCGACUUCUGGACUUCUGGUCCAAGUCGGACCCCGUAGACUUGGCAUAUCGGAUUAUGGUGCAGACAUGCUUUUGA